AUGGGCACAAAUUUGAAAAAUGAUUCUCUCGCUAUGAAACCAUGGAUCGCAGAACUCACCGAAUUGACAGAAGAAGAUUAUGACUCAGUAGUUCAAUAUAUUUUUGAUCAUGAAAUUUUUGAAUAUGAUGAUUAUCAUAAUCAUCAUAUA